AUGUACCCGAGCCCGUACGCCGGCUCCGGCGCUGGAGGGAAGAUCCGGCGCCGCCCGCCGCCCCGCGCCGCCUCUACGCCCUACGAACGCCCCCCCGCAGCCGCCGCCGCGCACCGCCUUGCGGCUGCGGCCGCUGCUGCAGCAGCGGCUUCCGCAUCCUCGGAGCCGGCCGGGGAGCGCGGCGGUGGGAGCGGUGGCUGGGUGUCCCGGCUGGUGGACCCGGCCUCCCGCCUCAUCGCGGGCGGCGCCGCGCGCCUCUUCGGCUCGGUGUUCCGCAAGCGCCUCGCCCCGCCGCCGGCCCCGUCUCCGCCGCUGUCGUCGCCUCCUGGAAAAAAUAAUGAGCCAAAACAGGACUUGCCUGAUUCUACACAUGUUGAUUCGCUUCCAAUCCCAGAGGGUGGAAUGGAGAAAGGGAAGAGCAUAGUUGCCACAUCAGAUGACAAAGCAUUGUCUGAAGUAGAGCACUUGUUAAUGCGGAAGACAUUCACUAAGGUUGAGUUUGAUCGUCUUACUGACUUAUUGCGUGCAAGAACCAUUGAGUCUGAUCCACCUAAAUCAAUUGUUUCUCGUGAGGAAAAGAAUGAAGAAAGUAUCAGGAUUGAUGGAAUCGGAGGCUCAGCAUUACGUCAUAUGGAUCUUGAUGAUUCUCCGGCUGUUAAAGGUCAGAACUAUUCCAACGAUUUGAACACGUCUUCAUUGCCCCAACGAGCACAAAGUUUGCAUGUUGGUGGCAGGCAGGUCUUGAAACGAAGUGGGGCUGAAUUAGAGAAUGAACUUGGAUCUAUAGGCCCCAUUCGUAGAAUUCGGCAGAAGUCAAAUAUGAUGUCUUCUUUUAGAGAUUCUCGUGCAAACCCUCGAGGAAGCCUUCUUACUAGCCAUACAAGUGGUUCUUAUUUCACUGAAGACAGCACAUCCAUUCAGUCUUCGAGCUCAAAAAGACUAUUGGUUGGGAGUAGUCAAUCUCUGCGACCCCUAGAAUCCGAAAAGAAUGGGGGAGAUGGUAAAUCUAGUGAUAGCAUUCCACCCAUACCUGCUCAAUCAAACAAGAUGGCUGAGAAGAUAUUUGAGCAGCUUAAUAUAAUAGCUCCAUCGCCAAAACAGCAGCAGUCUGUUACUCUGAAUGCUAGUAAUUCUAUGUCAAAGAAACCUGUUUUGCAAGAUGCUGGGCCAAGCAGUAUGUAUAAGUUGUAUAACCAAUCUAGCUCCCUGAAGUUUCAAGAUUUGGAUGGUGCAAAUGGACCCCUUGAUACAAACUUGAAUGGUUCCCUGUUGAAGAAAGAUAAGCUAAAUAUAAUAAAAGACGUACCGCCAAAAGCUGCCUUUUCUGAUAGACCUACCCUUUUGGGGAACUCAGUUUCUGCUUCUAAAUCACUGACGCCAGGCUUUAAAAUGGCUGUGAUAGAGGACUCACCAGAGUUGGAUGAUGAUCUGGAGGUCCCUAUUCCAUCAAGUAAGAUAGAGGUUGAAACAACUGAGCAAAAAAUUGAUUCAAAUAGAAAAGAACAGAAGGUUGAACAAAAUACAUUAGAGCAAAGGGUCGAACCAAAGUUAAAGAAGAACAUUGCUGGUUCUCCGGUUAGUGAACAGCCUGUAGCAUCACUGUCUAAAACUGUCCCUUCAUCUGGUGGUUUGCUUUUAUCUAAUGACCCUGGGAAGGCAGUACCCAAUGCUUCUGUGGACAACAAUACCGGUUUUGCAUUCUCAAAUGCACCUCCUGGCACCCGUCCUGCAACUGGUGUAUCAGCAAUGCCACUUGCUUCAGUUAAGGACGAUAAACAGACUGGUGCUUCAAAUUCUAUUUUUGGCAUCAAGCAGUCAAUUGCAUCAGAUUCGGAAACAUCAACUAUAGAAAACAAAUCCACACUUGGGCAGAGUGUCACGAAGCUCACAACAUUAGCCAGCACUAGUCCAGAGAGAGGUGAUAAAACAGAAAAAGCAGAAGAUGUAGCUAAAUCAUCGGACAAGGUGUUGCCCUCAGCUGCAUCAACAACAUUGAACGCACCUCUCCAUUUUACUUCUGCGGCAUCUACUUCGAGCCUGAGCAAUGGCUUCUCAUACUCGCCACCAAAGCUCGAAACUGCUCCACCUACUGAUAAACCUGCUAUCAGCUCUGCUGCUUCCACCUCCAUAUUUGCUGUAUCCAGUAGCAGUCCAGCUAUUUCAUCGUCUCCUGCAUUUACAGCAUUUAGUUUUUCUUCCAGCGCUCCGGUUGGCUCGUCAGUGGCAACAUCAGCUAAAUCAGAUGGCACAACUGCUGAGAAUAAGGCAGCUAGCACCAUAUCAUUUGGUAUAGGGGGUGCAAAAGAUGAAGUGAAAUCUGUGGCACCAGAUGCAACCAGCAAGCCAUCAUCGAAACUUUUUACUUCACCUGUGUCAUCAAGUAUUGCAAGCUUUUCAAGUUCAUCCAUCACAUCUACGCCUAGUCUCUCCCCGGUUGCAGCUUCAAGUGAUGCUGCUGGCAUAGCUAUGGCUGCACCAUCUAGUACUUCCACUGCACCAGGUUUACAGUCUGCUUCAACCCCAUCAUUUACAUUUCCGAGCUCUGGAAACAGCCUUUUUGGGUUCAGCUCGCCAGCCCAAUCUACUGUCCUCAGCACACCAUCAGUUGCUGGUAGUACCUCUCAACCAUCAUCUGCUAGCACACUCUUUGGUAGUAAGCCGACACAGUCAGAGGGAACAAUGCAACAACCAUCCCAGAGUUCAAAACCACGAUCUGGCUCACCAUUCCCGGCCAUGACUCCUGGAGUUGGUGCUUCCUCGUCUGGAUCUGGGACCUUAUCUUUUGGACUUGGAGCUUCCUCGACUGGUUCAGGGACCAUAUCUUUUGGUGUUGGAUCUUCAUCUUCCGCACCUGGAACUUCAUCAGCUUUUGGGGCAGCAGCUCACUCAUCUGGACCUGGGGUUUUCUCUUUUGGGGCAGGAGCUUCCUCAUCAGGAUCUGGGACUGUUCCCUUCGGAGUUGGAGCUGCCUCGUCUGGACUCGGGGUCAUGUCAUUUGGAGCAGGAGCCUCCUCAUCUGGACCUGGGAUCGUGUCCUCUGGAGCAGGAGCCUCCUCAUCUGGACCUGGGACCGUGUCUUUUGGAGCAGGAGUCUCAUCUGGACCUGGGACUGUCUCUUUUGGAGCAACAACUUCCACAUCAGGGGCUGGAUUUGGCAAUUCACCAUUUGGAACUGGAGCUAUGUUUGCGAACCCAUUUAGCUCUAGCUCAAGUACUGGGUUCACAUUUUCUUCACCUAGCUCUUCUGCUGGUGCAUCAACGGUAGCCAGUACGAGUGUGUUUGCCAGCACCUCCACAGCUUCUUCAGCCUCAGCUUUUAGCAACCCUUUUGGCUCAAGUUCAUCCCCACCCAGCACAUUUACAUUUGGGCAAUCAGCUUCUUCAGGCAGUGGUUUUGCAUUUGGAGCGCAGCCAGCUCCAACGUUCUCAUCUCAACCAUCAUCAGUUUUCUCAUUUACUUCAGCAAACACUAGCAUGAACUCGUCUCCACAGCUUACAUUUGGAAUGACUAAUACCAACACAGCCUUCGGCGUGGCUUCCCCCGGAAAUGAUCAGAUGAACGAAGACAGCAUGGCAGAUGACAUUAGUCAGGCGGCACCUGUGCCGGCGCCAAUAUUUGGUUCUUCAUCAUUUGGACAGCAGAAUAUCUCGCCUGCUGCCCCGGUAUUUGGUGCUCCGGCAGUCCAGCCAGCCGGGGGUUUUCAGUUUGGGGGCCAACAAGGCUCAGCACAGCAGAACCCGUCCUUCCCAGCCGCUGGCAGUCUAGAGUUUCAGGGUGGGAAUUUUUCGUUGGGCAGCGGGGGUGGUGGCGGUGACAAGUCGAACCGAAGGGUGAUCAAGGUCAAAAGGACAACAAAGAAGAGAUAA